AUGGUCAAGAAUGCUCUGGCAGUUCUGACUCAAGUCAACAAGGACCGCGUGGAGAAUCCCAAUUUCAACCAAUACACCUUCCAGGAGCCUCGCCAGACAAAGGCAUCGUUUGCGACGGCUCCACCGCUAGACUAUAGUCCUGAAGCGGUAGAGAAUGCUCGCCUUCGGAAACGCGAGGCUACCUCUGCCACGACCCGUGGCAACAGAGCUUAUACUAUCCCACCCGAGCUAGCUAGAGCGGCUAAGGUUGUUGCAGAAUCUGCCGAUAACACGCCUAGUGGAAAUCACAGCGAUGUAGCGGCUGAUAUUCGCCGCAAAUACGGUCAAGGAAAGCGACAGUCUAAUACCCCGCCCCAGGCACUUGUUCAGUCAAAUGGCCUUUAUGACUUUCAGUCUUUCGCCGAAAAUGUGAAUAUGUCGCUGGUUGACCAACAGAGUAACUCGGGACUUCAAAAGCGCGCCCCUUCUCUGUAUUGGAUGCCGCACAUGGAAAAGAAUGGCCAUAGUCCAUUCGCCCCGACCGGCUACAAGAUUUGGAGAAAUGUUCGCGACUACGGAGCCAAGGGUGACGGGGUCACAGACGACACGGAGGCUAUCAAUCGAGCAAUUUCAGACGGAGGGCGCUGCGGUGCCGACUGCGGCUCGAGCACCAGGUACCCUGCAGUAAUCUGGUUUCCAGGAGGCACGUACCUAGUUAGCUCGUCCAUUAUUCAAUAUUAUAAUACCCAGUUCAUAGGUGAUCCACUGAACGUGCCCACGAUCCUGGCUGCAUCGAGCUUCGUUGGGCUGGGCGUAAUUACUUCAGAUCCCUAUGUGAGCGACAAUGGGCAAUGGUAUGUCAACCAGAACAACUUUCUGCGCAGCAUCAAGAACUUCAAGAUCGAUAUUCGGCCAACGGAUCCGUCCGCCUAUGUAUGCGCAAUUCACUGGCAGGUGGCGCAAGGAACUUCGCUGGAAAAUAUCGAGUUCUACAUGCUGUACAACUCAGAUGUCCCGGGGAACACACAACAGGGUAUCUAUAUGGAGAAUGGCUCAGGAGGCUUUCUGACUGACCUGACCUUUGUGGGCGGGAACUUUGGUGCGUAUUUUGGCAAUCAGCAAUUCACAACCAGUCAGCUUGUCUUCGUGAAGUGCCACACUGCUCUUCAAGUCCAUUGGGACUGGGCCUGGACCAUGCAAGACUAUGUUAUUGAAUCAUGCACGAAUGGUUUGGUUAUCGUUGGCGGGGCUGGCGGUCCCAUGAGUAACGGGCAAGGCGUUGGCUCCCUGAUCCUAGCCGAUGCAAUCAUUGCCAAUACCCCAAAUGGCAUCGUUACGUCCCUCCACACGGAGAAUUCUACCUCCUUACUCCUUCAGAACGUUGGAUUCUUCAACGUUAAGACGGCGGUUGUGGAUAGUGUAAAGAAUCAGGUCCUUCUCCCUGGCGGCAAUGAAGUGCUGAAAGACUCUUGGGGUUUUGGUAUGGUCAAUAAUGCAACUGGGGUUGGGUCCUUUGUGAAUGGGCAGGAUAUCCCUGUCAUGAAUAGAACCGAGAAAAUGCUUGGAAGUCAGGCCUAUGUCAAGCCAAACCUGUUCACACGCCGUCGUCCCCAGUAUGAGGAUCUCUCAACUGCUGACAUUGUCAACGUGAAACUAUUCGGUGCCAAGGGCGACGGAAGCUCUGAUGACACGGUCGUGCUGAAUUGGAUCCUGGAAUAUGCUGCCAACUUAUCCUCAGUCGUGUAUUUCCCUUAUGGUGUGUAUAUGAUCAGGGAUACAUUGAAAGUCCCCGUGGGUUCGCGAGUUAUGGGCCAGGCAUGGCCUCAGAUUGUAGCCACCGGCUCCAAAUUCGAGGAUAUCAAUAACCCUUAUGUCGCUGUCAAGGUUGGAAAUCCUGGGGAUGUGGGCAUCAUUGAAAUCCAAGACAUGAUGUUUACGGUUUCUGGUCCGACUGCAGGAGCUGUUCUUGUCGAGUGGAAUGUCGAACAGUCCGUCAAAGGCUCUGCUGCCAUGUGGGAUUCGCACAUCCGUGUCGGUGGCGCCAUCGGUUCCAAGCUUCAAAGGGAACAAUGCCCUAAGCAGACGCGUCGUGUGAAUCCGAAUUGCAUUGCGGCUUCUCUCCUGCUACAUUUGACUCCAUCGUCAACUGCGUAUCUCGAAAACAUCUGGGUCUGGGUUGCGGACCACGAUUUGGACGUGAUUACACAGGAUCAAAUUGACAUCUACUCAGCCCGUGGUAUCUUGAUUGAAAGUCAGCUGGCCUGGCUCUACGGGACCACGUCAGAGCAUAACGUCAUGUACCAGUAUCAGCUCUCUGGGGCGAAGAACAUCCUGAUGGCUAUGAUCCAGACAGAAUCCCCGUACUAUCAACCAGUGCCUCUCGCACCCAAUCCCUUUACACCGGGAGCGUUCCCUGACGACCCCUUAUUCGACGAUUGCAAGUCCAACCCACUCAAGUGUGCUGUAUCCUGGGCAGUCCGUAUCAUUGACUCGUCUUCCGUCUGGAUUCUCGGAAGCGGCCUCUAUAGUUUUUACUCAGACUACUCGCAGGACUGUCUUAAAACUGAGAACUGCCAGCAGAGGGGCUUUGAGAUUGAGCAGAGCUCUGAUAUUUGGAUUUAUAAUCUUUGCACCAAGGCCAUCGUCGAAAUGGUCACUCCGUUCCAAGGGGUACCCACAUAUGCCCGGGAUAAUGUCAACGGUUUCCUCUCGUCGAUCCUGGCUUGGUUGGGUGGUGCCGAGCAAACAGCAGGCCAAAGGGAGUUCCCAGGUUUUAGUAUCUACACUUCUUCUGGGCUGGAGGAUGCUGAUCUUCCUCGGGCCUGCAAGAAUUCUCUGGCUGAGCGCAUCAAGUGUGAUCCGCACUUGUCCUCUAUGAUGGAGCUGAGUUAUCAUGGAUCCCUGGAUAAUGACACACUCACUGAUUUAGUCUGCGAUGCCAGCUGUGAGGCAAGCCUUCGGCAGUGGUACAACUCCGUGGAGCGAAACUGUGCGGGCUAUAUGAUGCCCGGCGGAUCUCCUCCAGUGGUAUUUGGAGCACGUAUGUGGGCUGGGUUCAAUGAAACGUGCAGCAAAGACAAAGGGACUGGAGAGUAUUGCAAUGCUAUUAUCGAUGGCUUUACCAUAGUAGAGUCUACCGAUGAAAUGCCGGACAACGAAAUCUGCUCGUACUGCUAUGUUGAGCGAUUCCAAAUGAUGCAGCGGAGCCCCUAUUCAGCAUACAAUGAACACUACAAAUCCGUUCUCGAGACGAUCAACAAACGAUGCGGUCUGAGUGGGCCAACUGAUAUCCGUGAAGUCCCUAUGGACAUGCCUGUGGAGGAGGAGAAGCCUAUCUGUCUUUCUGAUACGACAUACACCACCGUGGACGGGGAUACCUGUACGUCCAUUGCAGUGGCAAACAGCGUCUCCUCCGCGGCUUUGUACAUCGGUAACCAGCACCUCAUACGUUGGUGUUCCUCUAUCAAGGCAGGCCUAGAACUAUGUCUCCCAUUGCCAUGUGAGCGAACGUACACUCUCCAACCAUCAGACGACUGCGCGAGUAUCGAAUACGCCUUCUCACUCAAAUACGGGGACGUCCGAAAAUAUAACCCCUGGGUCUCCUACGACUGCGACAACAUCCAAAUCGCAAGUAAGAUAUACGGCACCAAUAUCUGUCUCUCGCCGCAAGGUGGUGAACACAUAACGAACAAGACUAGCCAUGGCGCGACUACGCCCUCAACCUCCGAUGGCCAUGCGCCUCUUGCGGUGCCCCCGCCUGCCAAUGCAAGCCUGGCUGAUGGGACUACCACAAACUGUGGUAGAUGGCAUGAGGCUGCUGCUGACGAGAGCUGUGUUGCAAUAUGUGUCCAGAAUAGCAUUACUCAUGAAUUGUUCGUGCAGGUCAACCCGUCGCUGAAUGCGAAGGAUUGCACGCGGAGCUUGCAGGUUGGAAAGACCUAUUGUGCAGGUCCGACGUAUUUUUGGAAUGAGCCAUUCGAGGAUGAUGAGUUGUGA